UUAUUUGAAUUCAAUAUCAAACAAUCCAGCUUAAUUGACCGAAGUUCUUUUGCUUAUAUUACUUUUGUGUUAUCACCUUGGUGGCUUUACCGUGGUACGACGUAUUCGUAUAACGCACACCAAGUACGACUUAACCAAACGGACCAAUACUUGCCUCUUCCGUUUCCGUCUACAAGCAGACAAGUCACGAAUUUUCACUAGACGAAGUGCAAUCUAUAUUAUCGACUACUUCUCCAUCCUUAUUUGCCACCAUCAUGCCACCCGUGCGAACCAGGGUGACAAGACUUUCAGAAGUGGAAAGAAACCGUCAAUUCGUGUCCCCAGCCCGGGGACGUGGGAGAAGACGUAGGCCAAACAGCGUGGCCACCGACUCCUCGAGGCCCAUACCUACGGCAUCCGCUGUUGUAAAUGCAGCGGGGGGAACCACACAAUCAGAGACUGACGACACUCAUGCCAUUCAGGACUUGCAGGCUAAUCCGUCAGGUUCAGCCACAGAUGCAAAGGGUGUGGUGGAGAUCAUCCAGCAUCAAAGUGCCGGGCAACAAAAUAAUUACCAAUCGUUGUAUACACUUGGGAAAACCCCCAUCAAUGUCGACCAACUUGCCCAUUACCUACACAAUUAUCGUGAUCAACCUUUUCUCAUUAGAGGCUUUCAAUCUGGUUUUAGUUUACAUUAUCAAGGGCCAAGGCGCCCAAGGGAUUCCAAUAAUCUAAAAAGCAUAGUACUAAAUCCUCAACUAGCUCAACAAAAAAUUCAGAAAGAAGUACUGCUCCAGCGAGUCGGGGGGCCUUUCGAUUCACCCCCCUUCCACUCGCUACAAGUUUCACCUUUAGGCUUAGUACCCAAAAAGGAUGGGGAUUUUCGGUUAAUACACCACCUAUCCUUCCCUGAGUAUGACUCUAUUAAUGAUUUCAUUGACCCAGCAGUUUGUUCUGUUCAUUACGCAUCCAUUGACGAUGCCGCUGCCAUCAUAUCCUUCUUGGGCCCUGGAACCUACUUAGCCAAAUCAGACAUUAAAUCGGCAUUUCGUCUAAUACCUGUUGCUCCCUCAGAUUUCGAACUGUUAGGUUUCAAGUUUCAGAACAAAUACUAUUACGAUAAAAUGCUACCAUUUGGGGCAUCAGUCAGCUGUGCAACCUGGGAAAGAUUUGCUUCGGCAUUACAUUGGAUAGUCCAAAAUAGGACACGUAAUCCAUCCAUUUUACACUAUCUUGAUGACUUCCUGUUCAUGGGCUCCGCAAAUUCAAACAAGUGUCAGGCUACUCUCUCAGAAUUCAAACACAUUUGCCAAGAUAUAGGUGUACCCAUUGCCCUCAAAAAAAACUACAAACCCAACUACAACCCUUAUUUUCUUAGGUAUAGAACUAGACACAGUGAAUAUGAUCAUGCGACUCCCACAGGACAAGCUACUUUUGCUCAAACAGCGCAUUCAUGUCUUCCUUCACAGUAAAAAAGCUACUCUUAAAUCUUUUCAGUCACUCAUUGGGCUGCUAAAUUUUGCAUGUAAAACGGUAGCACCAGGGAGAGCCUUCUGCAGACGUUUAAUUGAUGCUACUAUGGGCACUACCAAAACACACCAUAAGAUCAGAAUCAAUUCUUCCAUCAAGGAAGACCUUAGAGUAUGGGAACAAUUCCUAGCAAACUUCAACGGCAUUUCGGUCAUUUCCUCUCCGACAUUGACAUCGGAUUCGUACUUGCAAUUAUACACAGAUAGCGCUGGGGGAACAAAAGGGGGGUUUGGCAUUUACUUUGCAGGUAGCUGGGCUCAUGCAAGCUGGCCGCACAGCUGGAGUCUUUCGGACAUAGUUAGGGACAUGACAUUCCUUGAGCUUUUCCCGGUAUAUGUAGCAAUCGUGCUAUGGUCGCCACAAUUGGCUAACAAACGUAUUCUUUUCCACAUAGAUAAUUCUGCUGUAGUCCAGGUUAUUAAUUCCGCUACUUCAAAAUCUCACAGGGUCAUGAAAAUUGUUCGAAAAUUGGUUCUCAUCACACUACAACACAACAUUACAAUCCAGGCGCAAUACAUACCCUCCAAACGCAACGUUAUAGCAGAUAGUAUUUCUCGUUCGCAGUGGAGAAGAUUUCGACAUCUCGCCCCCCACGCCGACCAGUGGCCAACCCAGCUACCCAACCAAAUAUGGGAUAUCUAAAGGUAGAAUCACAACGCCUCAUCAACAACGCCCUGUCUGAUAACUCCAACAAAGCUUACAAUUCGGCACUGAAGAAAUUCCAUGCAUUUGCCCAGAUUUUUGGCAUUGCCAUUUCCUGGCCGUUACCUUUAGAUAUAAUUUUAAACUUUAUCGCAUAUUUGUCGUUACAACAUAUGUCCCCAAAUACAGUUCAGUUAUACAUACGCGCAUUGGCAUAUUUUCAUAAAGUAAGGCAGGUAUCAGAUCCAACUGCCUCCUUCUUAGUCGCAAAAGCUCUACAAGGGUUGGCACGUGGCAACACAGCCCCAGAUACUCGGUACCCGAUUACCCUACCCAUUCUAGAAAAAUUGCUAGCGUAUUUACCUUUUGUGUGCACAUCCUCUUUCGAAUCUACACUCUUUGCUAGCGCCUUCUCACUGGCCUAUUUUGGUUUACUCCGAGUAGGCGAAUUCACUCUGGCAAACUCCUGCAAUAGCCGAUAUUCUCAUUGCAUUCAAUUUCAACAUGUUACUCUGGGGGAGGAAAGCAAACAUGUCACAUUCACUAUACCUCAUUCCAAAACCGACCAAACGGGCAAAAAAACCACUAUAUUCAUUCGGAGUCAGCCCCACUCGAUCGCAUGCCCAGUCCACAGUAUGCGCAAUUUCCUAGCAAUAAGGCCACACACCUCAGACACUCACUGUCUGUUCAUCCACAGUAAUGCUAUGCCUUUGACUAGAUUCCAAUUUAAUGCAGUACUGCAGAAAGCAAUUCAGGCUAUCGGUACACCAGGUCAUUUUGGUACCCAUAGUUUUCGAAUCGGUCGGGCCACUGACUUGGCUCUACAGGGUUUUUUUCCGACCAGCAAAUACAAACAUUUGGGAGAUGGAAGUCUUUAGCCUUUCAGAAAUACAUCCGCAUGUAAUGCCACUUCGCAGCCCUCGGACCACUACAGGACACACAAUUUAAGUAAUGACACCCUUGCCAUCAAUACAUAACAAAUAAGUAACCAAACCAAAGAUAUUUCAGAUUGUUCAAUAUGGAUCCUCGGGUCUUCAAUCCCAUUUUGGGCAGGUCAGUCGACAUCAAACCGCACAGGCGGAAAAAACCUUGACUUGCCAGCCCACAUUCAUUGGCAUGGAAGACGGGGGAUGCAGUGGCAACAAUUGGACCCCUUGGUGAUGGACCUCCUGAGGAAGUAUCCUGCACCUAGAUUCAUGGUGAUACAUCUAGGUUCAAACGACUUGGUCACCCCAGGCCUAACUGGCAAAAAGUUGGUAGAGGAAAUAAAGUGUUCAUUUCUCAGAUAUAAUGCCCUAAUCCCACAAACUACAUUAGUAUGGUCCUCCAUCUUGCCCCGCCUAUACUGGCAUGGGGUUCCUGGCAAACUAGGUGGUAAGAUUAACAAAAAACGUAUAAAGGUUAACAAAAGAAUUCUUAAGUUCGUGUUAGAUUUGGGGGGGUUGGUCAUUAACCAUCACAACAUCUCAGCAAGAAACGUGUGCUUAUUUAGAUUUGAUGGAACACACCUUUCGGAUAUGGGCAACGACUUUUUCCUAAACAACAUCAGGGCAGCUUUUCACAUAUUCAUCAAUCAACUAGGCAAUUGUUACCCUCAACCUGUUUAACUGGGUCUGGCAUUUUAGGGGGGGGGGGGGGGGGGGUAGUGGUUUUUCAUGGUUAUUGGAGGUACAUCAUAUCGAUGUCUGUGGCAGGUCUGGGGGGAUAUAAUACAAGAAUGUGUCCGUCCGAUCUGGCCUGUUGUUCCCUGCCCAUCUGUCAUACAAAGACAGAAGGACUAAUGUGGCUCAUAUGAGCAAGUACUGGCUCAUAUGAAGUAGAAAGCUGUGUAUAGUGGUUCACGUGAAAAAGUUUUGAUUCAAGUUAAUUGGGGCACCCAGGACUGCAGUCUUGGUGUCCUCUCCACCUCCUUAACUGGGAGGGGAGACCCCAGUUCCGGAAUACCAGGGGGAGGUACUGGUAUGACUCACCGGGGGGCUAUUUGGUGGAACAGGGUAAAGCAGAUCGGACGGGCCCGUUUUCGGUCCCUUGAUGUCGCAGUCUGGGACGUCGGCUCUCGUGCUCACACGAGGCCACCGGUUUGCCCUAAUACCUAUGGUCGGUACUCCGGAUAUCCCUUUAGACCUGCAAUUUUUUACUUUGUACAUGUACAUGUAACAUGCGGCCGUAGCUGCCAAUUCACCCUGUGUGCACUAUGUCCAUUUUAGUUCGAUCGUUUCAUGUUAUGAAAUAUGUCUGGUUAUUCUAAUAAAUAUAAAAAAGCUCAGUAUGUGUUCUCUAUCAGCUAAAAGGCCAAAGGGGCCAAGAGAGUGGGCACCCAAUAUGGUUAGUUAGGGACUACCACCGGAGUGUUCAAUUAAUGAAGAUUAUUUGAAUUCAAUAUCAAACAAUCCAGCUUAAUUGACCGAAGUUCUUUUGCUUAUAUUACUUUUGUGUUAUCACCUUGGUGGCUUUACCGUGGUACGACGUAUUCGUAUAACGCACACCAAGUACGACUUAACCAAACGGACCAAUACUUGCCUCUUCCGUUUCCGUCUACAAGCAGACAAGUCACGAAUUUUCCCCACCCACCCUUCCCAAUUUCCAAAAAUAAAAAAUGAUGCAAUGACAAGCCAUUGCCAUAUGCCCCACUAUGUAAUCUGCUGCCAGUUUAUAUUUUUCAGAAUCGAGGCCAGAAAUAGACCUCAUGCAGAAGGAACAGACGUCACACCUCUUUUCAACUGGACUCGACCAGACACAAGUGCAACUGCGAGCUUGACUGACACUGUAAACUGUUUGGUCUAAUUUUGGUCAACAUCCAUUACUUUCCCCUUCUUUACACAUGUCGCAUUGUUACUUAAUCAGGGCAGGUCUGGGGGGAUAUAAUACAAGAAUGUGUCCGUCCGAUCUGGCCUGUUGUUCCCUGCCCAUCUGUCAUACAAAGACAGAGGGACUAAUGUGGCUCAUAUGAGCAAGUACUGGCUCAUAUGAAGUAGAAAGCUGUGUAUAGUGGUUCACGUGAAAAAGUUUUGAUUCAAGUUAAUUGGGGCACCCAGGACUGCAGUCUUGGUGUCCUCUCCACCUCCUUAACUGGGAGGGGAGACCCCAGUUCCGGAAUACCAGGGGGAGGUACUGGUAUGACUCACCGGGGGGCUAUUUGGUGGAACAGGGUAAAGCAGAUCGGACGGGCCCGUUUUCGGUCCCUUGAUGUCGCAGUCUGGGACGUCGGCUCUCGUGCUCACACGAGGCCACCGGUUUGCCCUAAUACCUAUGGUCGGUACUCCGGAUAUCCCUUUAGACCUGCAAUUUUUUACUUUGUACAUGUACAUGUAACAUGCGGCCGUAGCUGCCAAUUCACCCUGUGUGCACUAUGUCCAUUUUAGUUCGAUCGUUUCAUGUUAUGAAAUAUGUCUGGUUAUUCUAAUAAAUAUAAAAAAGCUCA